UUCUCAAACUCUCUCAAUAGUAAGAGAAGUCUCAUCACUCCUCGGAUCCGGCAUGGCUCCUCCCACGCCCGCCGCCGCCCAGCGCUCUCCAUCUCCCUCUCAACCAUCGGGCAAAUCCGAGGUCACCGAUCUCAAGCUCCAGCUCCGGCAGCUGGCCGGAAGCCGCGCUCCCGGAUCGGACGACUCUAAGAGAGAUCUCUUCAAGAAGGUGAUCUCGUACAUGACGAUCGGGAUUGACGUCUCCUCGGCGUUCAGCGAGAUGGUGAUGUGCUCGGCGACCUCGGACAUUGUCCUCAAGAAGAUGUGCUACCUUUAUGUCGGGAAUUAUGCGAGGGGAAACCCUGAUCUCGCUCUCUUGACCAUCAAUUUCUUGCAGAAGGAUUGCAGGGAUGAGGAUCCGAUGAUUAGGGGUUUGGCCCUGAGGAGUUUGUGUACAUUGAGGGUGGAGAAUCUGGUGGAGUACUUGGUGGGCCCUCUAGUGGCGGGUUUGAAGGAUAGGAGUGGGUAUGUGAGGAUGGUGGCAGCAAUUGGGGUCAUGAAGCUGUAUCACAUCUCGCCACAGACAUGCUUGGACUCAGACUUUCCAGCUAUGUUGAAGGCCUUAAUGCUUAAUGAUCCUGAUGCUCAGGUGGUUGCGAAUUGUUUGACAGCUUUGUCGGAGAUAUGGAACUUGGAGGCUGGUUCUGACGAUGCAUCCAGGGGAAGAGAAGCUCUGCUAAGCAAGCCUGUAGUGUACUAUCUCCUUAAUAGGAUAAAGGAUUUCAGUGAAUGGGCACAAUGUCUUGUACUCGAGUUAGCAUCUAAAUAUAUUCCCAUAGAUAACAAUGAGAUAUUUGACAUAAUGAAUCUACUCGAGGAUAGACUUCAACAUGCUAAUGGUGCAGUUGUUUUGGCCACAAUCAAGGUGUUUCUGCAUUUGACAAUGUCCAUGACUGAUGUUCAUCAACAGGUCUAUGAGCGCAUCAAAGCACCUUUACUCACUCUGGUGAGCACAGGAAGUCCUGAGCAAUCUUAUGCAGUACUAAGCCACCUUCAUCUUUUGGUGAUGCGAGCUCCAAUGCUUUUCUCAUCAGACUACAAGCAUUUCUAUUGUCAAUACAGCCAGCCAUCAUAUGUGAAGAAAUUGAAGCUCGAGAUGUUGACUGCUAUUGCCAAUGAGAGCAAUACUUAUGACAUAGUGACUGAGUUAUGUGAAUAUGCUGCAAAUGUUGACAUUCCUAUUGCAAGAGAGUCAAUUAGAGCAGUUGGAAAGAUUGCACUACAGCAGUAUGAUGUAAAUGCAAUUGUUGACAGGCUUCUUCAAUUUUUGGAGAUGGAGAAGGAUCACAUAACUGCUGAAACACUGGUAUUGGUUAAAGACCUUUUGAGGAAAUAUCCUCAAUGGAGUCAUGAUUGUAUUGCAGUUGUUGGGAAUAUUAGCAGCAAAAAUGUUCAAGAACCUAAGGCCAAAUCAGCUCUGAUAUGGAUGUUGGGGGAAUAUUCCCAAGACAUGGAUGACGCUCCGUACACUCUUGAAAAUCUUGUGGAGAACUGGGAUGAUGAGAAUGAUGCAGAGGUUCGUUUGCAUCUUCUUACUGCAUUAAUGAAAUGUUUCUUUAAAAGACCACCAGAAACACAGAAGGCCCUAGGUGCUGCUUUAGCAGCUGGUCUUGCUGACUCUCACCAGGAUGUUCAUGAUAGAGCGUUAUUCUACUACAGACUUUUGCAAUAUGAUGUAUCAGUUGCAGAACGUGUAGUGAAUCCUCCAAAGCAAGCAGUUUCAGUCUUUGCUGACACUCAGAGCAGUGAAAUCAAGGACCGCGUAUUUGAUGAAUUUAACAGCCUUUCAGUUGUGUACCAGAAGCCCUCUUACUUGUUCACUGACAAAGAACAUCGCGGGCCAUUUGAGUUCUCGGAAGAACUAGGGAAUAUAUCUGUGGGUGCAGAUCCUACAGAUAAUGUGAUGCCUUCCCAGGGAUAUGACGCAAGUGAUAAUGAUCUUCUUUUAAGUACUUCGGAGAAAGAAGAAAGUAGAGUGCCUCUCACUAAUGAUUCUGCGUAUAAUGCACCUAAUUUCAGUACCUCUUCGGUACCUCUAAUUGAUACCCAAGUGCAAUCAGGUACUUUGACAAAUACUUCAGAGCCCACUUUUGCUAUUGAUGAUCUCCUUGGGCUAGGUGUAUCUGUUGCUCCGCCUCCGCCUCUGCCUUCAUUAAGGCUCAAUCCUAGAGCAGUUCUUGACCCUGGCACUUUCCAAAAGAAAUGGACUCAAUUGGCUAUAUUCUUGCUCACAGAAUACUCUAUGGAACCCCAAGGGAUAGUGGCAUUGACAACACCUCAGGCUCUCCUUAGACAUAUGCAAGGCCACUCCAUCCAGUGCAUUGCAUCGGGUGGUCAAGCUCCAAACCUCAAAUUCUUUUUCUUUGCUCAAAAGGCUGAUGAACCUACAGCUUUCUUUCUUGUGGAAUGUCUCAUCAACACAUCAACAGCAAAGGCUCAGAUAAAGAUUAAGGCCGAUGAUCCCAGCAUUUCAGAAGUUUUUGCGACGGUGUUCCAAUCUGCACUUUCAAAGUUAGUUCCUUAGUUUCCGACGGAGAGAAUUGAUUGAUGUCGCUGUACUGAAUAUGCUUUUGAGGGUGUAUAGAGGCAGGGGUUUGAAACCCAACGGAUGAGAACAGUUAAAGAAUGAAUUGAUUGGCAAAUUCCCUUUUUUAAAUGCAGGCUCAAUUUGUUGUAAAAUUUCACAUUUUGUAGGUACCAAGAUUUCCAGUUACACUGAAGACCAUACUCUGCCAUGUUUUGAAUUGUAUGUAAUGUUUACCUGUUUAGAAUGCAAUAAGGACGGGUAUUUUCUUGCCUAGCCUUAAUUUUUUCA